AUAUGUAUCUGUCGGGGUGUCGGAAAGAGCUUGGUUGCACUAUAGUUCUGCGCGGGGGUAAUCACGAAGUGCUUACCAGAGUCAAAAGGAUCACCGAAUUCAUGGCCUAUGUCGUCUACAACCUCAAAUUGGAGACUUGUUUGAUGCGAGACGAAUUCGCCCAGAUACCAACUUCACUUGAACCGGAUGUUGAGACAAAGCCGAAGGACGUGGGGGCAAGUGCCCUAUCUGCUGCAGCAAAAGCAGACGAUAAAUCCGGCGUUGCAAUACCAGGCGAGAAGCAAGAUCUGAACGAGAACAAGGGUGACUCUUUCUCUGAAGAUAAGCCGAGCGUUGCAAGCGAGGCGACCGAGGUGCCCGAUGAUGUUCCGAUGCCGACCUACUAUGAAGAAAUCGUUCAAAACCACAAGACCAAGAUCUUAUCUGCGUCUCCUUUUGUCAAAUUUGAGCCUCCUCAUCUGUUGAUGCGUGCGAGAGAGAUGGAGCGCCGACUGGCUUACCUCCAGCGCCUACGUGACCAAGACCUCAAAGUCAACCAGCCAUCUGACGAGAAAUCCAAGGCCCAGAAGUUUGUCCUCAUAACCCCUGAAAUGGUUCAUCAAUCUCCUACGGGUGCCGCGCCCAAGGUAAUGGAGGUCUUGCACGCGGCCCACGAUGCCGAAUACGAUAGGGCGAUGCACAAUUACCUGACACAGAAACGACAGUGGGAAGCUUAUAUCUCCGGCACUGAUGUUGGCCUGUUUGACCCAUUUGCGCAUCAGAAUAUCGUUGUUCUUUUCAGCCUGGUCUGUACAGAAACGUCAAUCCCUUGUACCGGUCCGGACAUGCUUGCUAUGGAGUACUACAACGAGCACGAAGACGAAACGAUAUUCGAGCCUGACUGUGCGCUUGGCCAAUACGUGGAAGAUGUCUGCAUCAACGCCAAUGCCGUCUGUGGUACGGACGGCUGCGAGAAACGAUACUUUGAACACCAUCGUCAGUACGUCCAUGGAGAAGGCCAGAUCAGCAUUUUUACCCAGCCCUAUCCCUCAAAACUUAGGGGUCUCCAGGACACAAUCUUGAUGUGGAGCUGUUGCAAGAUCUGUGGCAAUGAAACACAGGUCUUUCCAAUGUCGGAAAAUACGUGGAAGUAUUCGUUUGGAAAGUACCUGGAGCUUUCUUUUUGGAGCAAGAAUCUGCAUGCUCGCGCAGGCGUUUGCCCUCACGAUUUGCAGCGAGAUCAUCUUCGCUUUUUCGGUUUCAAAGACGUUGCUUUACGCAUCCACUACGAUGCCAUCAAUCUGCUCGAGAUCAUAGUGCCAAGGACCCGAGUUACUUGGAAGGUGGACAAUGAUUUGAAGCUCCGCAAUGAGAUAUACCUUAGGAAUGAGGGCCGCAUCAAGAAGUUCAUGGACUCCGUCCGAGCCAGAUUGAAAGGAAUCAACAUUGAAAGUGGUGUUAUCCCCGAAAAGGCGGAAGAAUGCAAGAGGGAGAUCGAAGUUUUGACCCGAAAAAGUUUCGAGGAUCAAGCGACUCUGAUCAAGCAGCUGCAAGACAAAUACACAAACUCUCGGUACUGGGAGGUCAUACCUUUGAACGAGGUUCUGCGCUCCGUGCAAGAGCGAGUCGUGGAGUGGGAUACCGUGUUCACUGAAUUUGAAAAGAACUAUUUCCCCUCCGAAAAGGAUAUCAGGCGGCUGGCGACGCUACAACUCAAGAAGAUCUUUUUGGACAAGGACGCUUCCGUCACGUCCAUCACCUCAUCUGAUGAGCAACCGACGCCCCAGAAUGAGACGGAGAGUGAGAGCAUUGAAGAGCCUGAAGAAGUGCGGCCAAUGCGUCGCAUGACUCUCUCUCCCGAAAAGGCGCAGGAUGUUCUUGUGUCUGUAGUUGAGGAGCAUUCAGGAAACAAGAAUCGAGCCGUUGCCCAAGACCUGGAAUCUCCCAGGAUCGAAGAGAUUGAUUCAACGGCUCCCUCACCACCGCCAGAGAUGAAGUCGCCUCCAGCCGAAUCUGAGCUCGACCAAGGUCAACAAGAGCGCCCUGAGGCAAUAGGGACCACUGUUCAGCCUGAAAAGCCUCCGUCAGAAUCGAGUCCCCCGGCGAAAUCUCCAGAGUCAGAUACUCGGCCUGUCCGCUCAAGAAACAACUCGACAGAGCUGCCUACCAGCGAACAGCCAAUCGUUCGUAAAAUGAGCCAGAGGAGCAGCACUGACGGGGACAGGACAAGGAGCCACACAAUUGCGAACAAUGCCCCAUCGGGUAUCCCACGUCUAGCUGAAAAUGCUUCACGGCGCAGUGGGAAAGCAACCUCACCACCAAUUCUACGCGCCCAGUCCCAGCCUCUCCAGUUUCAGAAGAACGCGUCCAAUGAAAACGUGUCCUCGAAAGGGAAAAAGGCGGGAUCUAGCAAGGCCAGCGGAUCUGGGGAUGUUCCCGACCUGUCUCCUCCUGAGGGUAAAGCCAAGUCUCCUGAGAAGAAGUUGACGGAUCGACUCGGUCUCGGUGCUUUUAGGAAUGCGAAGAUUACACCCGGUCCUUCUCUCAUACCUCGUUCAAUCCCAGGCAGGAAAGGUAGUUCUCGUGUGUCGAAUCUAGCGAAGCAUUUUGAACAGCUGAGUCGCGAGUUCGAGAAAGAACGUCAACGGGAGAGAGCUCGACGAACGGCUCGGGGUACCCAUUCCCGGGCAUUUCCCCUCGCAAGUUCGAAACCUAUUGUCGAAGUCUAUAAGAAUGUCAGGGAAGCUGUUGAAGAACGAGAGCCUUCAGCCGAGGGAGAGGAUCUCGCGACGUCCAUUCCGAAAUUACCGGCCGACGAGUCCAGCCGGGGAAGCGAUGAGUUUAUGGGAAGGGCCUCCGAAGAAGAACCGAGAAAGGGAGCAUCUUCACCCGAACCAUCUGCCCCGGUACCAGAAAACGACAAGAACGACGACCACGCUCUGUCGGACGAGGAGGAAGCCCACACGGACGAAGACCGGACAUCAGCGGACGGACUCCAUAUCACGGAUUCGAAUGAGGAUCUUGGCAAGAUGUCCCCUGAAGAGGAACAGCUCGACCUCAGAGAGCUCCCUAAACACGAGAGAAGCACGCUGCUGCGGCUGCUGACGACCUUUUGGUCCGAACGCUCAGCCAGCGGAUGGGCCCCUCUCAGCUACCCGCUCACGAUGUCCGACCACGUCUUUGCCGACUGCGACAUCAUCGUGAGGGAGGAUGAGCCGAGCUCGUUGAUCGCCUUCGCGCUGGACUCCCAAGACUACAAGGACAAGCUGACCACCAUACAAGAGCGCUACGAGGCGCAGGACGAGUUAGAAAUGGGCCUGGAGAAGGGGACGGAGGCGAUGGCCGAAACCCGGGUCGAGCACGCGCUUCUCCGGUCCACGGGGACACACCUGAAAUACCAGUUCCAAGAAGGACAAGCCAAGAUGCUCUGCAAGGUGUUCUACGCGGAACAGUUCGACGCGCUGCGGCAAAAGUGUGGGGUGUCCGAGCGGAUCGUGGAAUCGCUCUCGCGGUGUGCCAAGUGGGAUUCGCAGGGUGGCAAGACCAAGUCGCUCUUCCUGAAGACUCUCGACGACCGGUUCAUCCUGAAGUCGCUAUCCACCAUUGAAACGCAGGCAUUCCUCAAGUUCGCGCCGGCGUAUUUCCAGAUCAUGUCCGAAGCCCUCUUCCACGAGCUGCCAUCGGCAAUCGCCAAGAUGUUCGGCUUCUACCAAGUCAUCAUCAAGAACCCCGCCACAGGAACAGAAUUCAAUUGGUUCCUAUUGCUCAUGGAAAACCUGUUCUACGAUCGCGUGCCAACCCGCAUCUUCGACCUCAAGGGCUCGAUGCGUAACCGCAAGGUGCAAAGCACCGGCGAACGCAACGAGGUACUCCUCGACGAGAACAUGGUAGAGUUCAUCUACGAGACGCCACUGUUCGCCCGGGAGCACUCGAAGAAGCUCCUCAGCCAGAGCGUCUGGAACGACACGCUCUUCCUGGGCCGCCAGGACGUCAUGGACUACUCGCUCAUGAUCGCCAUCGACGAAAGCCGCUCGGAGCUCGUAGUGGGCAUCAUCGACUGUAUCCGCACGUACACGUGGGACAAGAAGCUGGAGUCGUGGAUCAAGGACCGUGGGUUUGCGGGCGGCGGCAAGAACAGGCCUACUGUUACCAGUCCUAAGGAGUAUAAGGGGCGGUUCCGCGAGGCGAUGGCUCGAUAUGUGCUGCAGGCACCUACGUAUGGAGACACCAACGUAUUCUGACCCAUGUUUUGACUUGCUGACUCGUCUCUAGCUGUUGGCAUCAGUUCCAGGCCUCUCAGGUGCCCCGGUACAUGCCUCUGGGACAAGCCCGGCACGCUUCCAUUGCUGAAUCCGAGGGACCUGAUGGGCCUAUAGAUUCGUGGUGAAUACACAGGAAAUAGGUAGUAUAUGAUUAGACGGACGAUGUGAUGACGGCGUUAUGGGGUGGGACAUUGUUUAGGUUGGGAUUGGGCUGAAUGUAUUCUUUGCAUUGAAGUGUUCAGAAAUAUAACCAUCGACUCUAUCA